AUGUCUGACCAUGAGGCAAAACCUUCAACCAAGGACUUGGGGGAUAAGAAGAAAGGAGAAUACAUUAAACUCAAAGCCAUUGGACAGGAUAGUGAGAUUCACUUCAAAGUGAAAAUGACAACCCAUCUCAAGAAACUCAAAGAAUCAUACUGUCAGAGAAUUGAUGAUAAUCAUACUCCAAAAGAACUGGGCAUGGAGGAAGAAGAUGUGAUUGAAGCUUAUCAGGAACAAACGGGGGGUCAUUCAACAAUUUAGACAUUCUUUUUAUU